UCUUGGGCUGGAGGGUUAACUGAAUUUGGGGAUGGGAGGAAUCAAGAAAGCACAAGUGAGGCUGUGAACGCAUACUAUUCAGCGGCUUUGAUGGGGCUAGCGUAUGGAGACACCCACCUUGUGGCCACUGGAUCAAUGCUAGCCUCAAUGGAGAUUCAGGCAGCACAGACAUGGUGGCAUAUAAGAGAGCAAGACACUCUGUAUGACAAAGAUUUCACUCGAGAGAAUAGAGUGGUAGGUGUUUUGUGGGCUAACAAAAGAGAUAGUGGACUCUGGUUUGCUCCUCCUGCUUGGAGAGAGUGUAGGCUUGGCAUUCAACUGCUCCCCCUAUUGCCAAUCACUGAGGUUUUGUUUUCUGAUGUUGGAUUCACGAGAGAACUUGUGCAGUGGACAUUACCGGCUUUAGGAAGAGAGGGAGUUGGAGAAGGAUGGAAGGGUUUUGUUUAUGCUUUGGAAGGGAUUUAUGACAAAGAAAAUGCUUUGCAGAAGAUCAGAAACUUGAACGGUUAUGAUGAUGGGAACUCACUUACUAAUCUCUUAUGGUGGAUUCACAGUAGGGGUGAUGAAGAGGAAGAAGGAUGCGGUGGACUGGGGAAAUUGUGCUGGUUUCAUCACUACUGUCACUAAUCUCUUAUUUUUAUAUCAGCCUGUCCCUUUGUUCAUGGGGAUUUAGUCUGGGCUUCAUCUGGAUUUGAUUGCUAGUUUAUACUUGAUAAAUGUUGUCUUCGGUUUACAUGCUUGUACAUACAUUUUAAAAUAAGAUUGAUGUAUCUCAUCAAAGCUUUUCCUACAAUCAUUUGCCUCAUUGCUAUAUUUCUGGUGUUGGUUUUGAGGUUU